AUUUGUUGUAUUUAAAUACACUAACUAUUGGAGCUGACUGAGCUCUGUAGGAGAGGGAAACACAAACACGUUUUUAAAUAAGAAACCGGUUUGUCACUUUUCCUCUCCCGAUACUUUAAAGAUCAUCUGAUCUUAGUAACUGAUUAAUGUGUUAUAAAACAUAGUAAUGACUUUAUGAAGCAGAUAUAAACACGAGUGUUCAUUAAUGAAUGUAACCUCAGACAGCAAGUUGAAAAUAGUAAGAAUAAUGAUUGUAUUUACUUUUUAAUAAAGUGGAGGAUCAGACUGUUGGACAACCAGAGAAUCACUAGAAACAGGCGUUUGAAAAAUGUUGUGUUGAGUCAGACGUUUCAUAGUUUGGGUGUGAAGUAGGAUGUUAAUGAUUAACCACAGUUAAGAAUUUAGUUGAUUAAAAAUGUAUUAACUAACUAUCUGUUUUGUUUACUAUAUAGCGGCAGUCUCAUGUAAUACCAUUGUAUUCCAAAGGAGGCAUCUUUCACCUUUGCCAAUCAGAAAAAACGUUUGUCAUUACGAAUAAAAGGAAGAAGCGGUGCGGAGAAAUAUGAGGGUUAAUGAAGCGGUCAGCAGGAAGUGUUUUCUGACUUACUGUGAAUAGACGCGCACACGACGUAACUGGUGACGGUUUCAAUAAAACAUCAACUGAGACAAAGACGUAAAAAAGACUUAAAGUGAAGUAAUAGACGAGUUUGAGUAGUUGUGGCGUUGGAGUAAAGCGUGACCUCGCAGCCCUCACGUUAAUAAUCGGAGCUUUUUGUACGUCGAGGUCGUCCUCUUCCUCUCUGCUGAUAGACACCACACAGUGUAGAUGUUUGAUUUCCUUCUUCUGUUAAUAAACUUUGCCAGGUAGAUGUUGUUAAACACAGAGGAGAGCUGGGGGGGCUCGUUAGACCCCGCCCCUGUCCUCGACCUUCUAUAGACCAGCGCCGUGCCUCUCUGUGCUCCGUGUUUACCUCAUCAGAUCGAAGCUCAGUUUCUCUGCAUUCAUUCACUAGUGAAUCUUGAUUUACUGAAAUGUCAUUGAAUGGUUAAAAUGUUAUAAUAAAAAAUGUGAACUGUGCUUUUUGUCAUUUUUUAUUUCCCAGUGUAAUUUAUUGGUAUGCCUGUGGUUGACUCUGAGCCACACGGCUGAGUCCGGCUUGGCCCGUUGGGAUUCAACGUAGUGUGUGUAACUGAUGCUGCUCAGUUAGAACUAACAGUAAAGUUAAUACGCAGCAGCUUAAACGGGUCAUCAUGUGUUUCUUUAACCAUUGAGGAGACUUAAACCUCUCAGGGGUCAAACCUAAAAAACGGUGUGAGUGAAUGAAACUCGCAGGGUGUAACGAUUCAAAGUGGCUGGGUAAAGUACAAAGAGUGGUUUCAGGAGAUGAGCCCUCUUUGGAGGUAAAAAAAAAAAAAAGUUCCAGAGGACUGGACUCCAUGUUUUUAAUUAUUGUUUUUUUUUUUUAUCUCCAUGGACGUUUCUUUCUCUUGUUUCUGAGGGGUCGGUCGUGUGCACACUGGAGUGACAAUGGAAGAGUUGCUGCACGUUUUUGGAUAUAUCACAGCUGUUGUGAAACCUUCAGCCGGCUGCGACCGACUUAUGGACUAUUUUGUUUUGAUCCAGACAGAAGAAAACUUUGAGACGCUCUGGACUGUCCUCCUUUUUUAGGACGUCUCGUUUCCUAAACUUUGCUUCACCUGGCUUAAACCUUUUUUUUGAUUUUUGCACAUUUUGAUUUUUCACAGAGUGGGUGGUGAUGGGGAGGGCGUUGAGCCCCUGUUUAUCCUGUUUUCUUGUGUUUUGAGCAUUUGUUCUGAAAUGUUGCUUUUAACCCCUGUUGUGUUCUAAACUUGUCGAGUUCUCUUAUUGCUCCAGGCCCCGUCUGCCGAGAAGCUUCCAGUUUUGUACUUAGUGGAUUCCAUAGUGAAGAAUGUUGGAGGAGAAUACCUUGCAGUGUUUGCUAAAAACCUAAUCACUUCAUUUAUAUGUGUCUUUGAAAAGGUGGAUGAGAACACUAGGAAGAGUCUGUUCAAGUUACGCUCCACGUGGGACGACGUGUUUCCUCUAAAGAAAAUGUACGCACUGGACGUGCGGGUCAACUCGGUGGACCCGGCCUGGCCCAUCAAGCCGCUGCCGCCCACCAUCAACGCCAGCAUUCAUGUCAACCCCAAGUUUUUAAAACAGUCUGAGGAGGUGUCCUCACCACCGCCUACCCCCGCCAAGCAGCCUACGCCGCAGCCCCCACCUGUAGCGGCGACGGCCCCUCAGCCGACCCCGGCGAUCAGUCAGUCCAGUGUGACCCAGGAGCAGCUGAUCCGUCAGCAGCUGCUCGCCAAACAGAAACAACUCCUAGAGCUGCAGCAGAAGAAGAUCGAGUUGGAGCUGGAGCAGACCAAAGCUCAGCUGGCUGGAGGCUUUGUGAUUCCCGUUUCCACUCCAGGCUCGGCUCCAGCAGUGAGCGCUGCGCAGAAACCCAUCACUCAGACUGCUCCUGUGGUCCGACCCUGGAUCCCCCCUCAGACUCAGGCAGACACAAAACCCCCCACAAGAGACCCCCGCCUGAACCGCAUCGGCCCCCCAGCUGCCCCUCAGCCCAAAGAACAACAUCCUGGGAAGAAAACAGACUCAACCACGACAGGAAGUACCACGCAGACGCCUGAGAAGAACCGUCCAGAAAAAGCCAGGACCCCUAAGAAGGAGGCGCUGGAGGAGAAACCCAAGUCCAAGCCGCUGUCUCCGAUGCCCAAAAAUGUCCAGAAUAAAAGCAAACAGGUGGAGGGGGAAGUCCAGAAGUCCGUAGAGGUCACUAAGAAAGACCCCCGGCUUAAGAAACGUACGCAGGACAAGAGCGGGGAGACCAAAGACGAGGAGCUGAAGGAGAAGAAGAGAUGCACUGACAAGAAGGAACGAGAGGAGGCGCUGAGGGCGGCGGAGCCUCAGAGGUCCAACAAAGGGAAGCUGGUCAACGGCUCUGUGAGCAAACACGACCGCAACGAGUCCAACGACAAGCCAGAGUUCAAGACUGGAGGUAACGCCCGCACGCACGCCAGGAAACGUACCCGCUCACGCUCCAGGUCGCGUUCCCCCGCUGCCUCCCCCAAAAGGAAGGACAGGAGAUCCCCGAAGAGCCGAACCCGGAGCAGCUCCCUGUCUCCGUCCCCAUCCCACAAACCUGGCAAACCACGGAGGGUCCGCGCAGACGAAGCAGAGCACGGCAAGCCCGGCCGAGAGGACCGCCUCGCUCUAAAGAAGAACCAAUCAGAGAGCAGGAGGUCGAAGAGGCCGGCGGAGGAGCGACACUCCGAAACAAGAGACUCCCACUCUCCACGAGGCCACGAAGGAGGAGCCAAGGAGACGAAGGAGGCUCCUCACCGCUGGAGGAGCGGCUGGGAGGAAAACAAACACACGAAGCUUCCGGAGGAACCUCAUGUGAAGCCCGGACCUCAGAGACACAAACAGUACGGCACCCCGACCCGACCUUCAACCCCCCGGACGCCCAAACAUCGGCUCAGCGUGGACGCCAACAUGCAGAUCCCAGAGGUCUUAAACUCCGCCUCCAAAAAAGACCUGCUGAGGAGGGCGAGUAAACGCCUCGAGAGCGGCGAGAUCUCCCAGGAGGAUUUCCUGAACAUGGCCCACCAGAUCAAAUACUUCUUCCAGUAUCAGGAGGAGAAGCAGCAGCACUCUGAGAACUGGGACCGCUCCGGAAACUUCUCAGACAAGAAACAGCCGGUGCUGAACACGGCGCUCUUAGCACAGCCCCGCCUCCAUGACCCUAUGGACGCCGCACAGCUGUCUUACUACGAGCACAAGUCCAAGCUGAGGAAGACGCAGGUCGCACACAGACCUCCAGGGGAGGAGUGGGAGGACAGGGAGAGUGAGGGCGAGAGCGAGGUGGUCGGGCAAGGGGAGAAGACGGGCGGACGGAGUGCUGGUCGACGGGCGCUAAGGGAACGACAGGGUGAGAGGCGGAGCAAAGAGCGCGAGGAGCCCCUCCCACCAACUGGCCCAAUGAUUGAGGAGUACAACCACGGGAAAGAGUUCCCCACCCUGAAGUCUCUGCCCGGCCUAAGAUUCAGGAGGAGAGCUGACCCCCGAGAGUCCACUGAAAGGGAGUGGAACUCGCCGCUGACGGAGCGCCAACGUGAUGAGCAGAAGAGUGGCUACGAUGCCCCCCGGAGGUACGGCCCCCCAGCGGACUCUAGACUACCUGACCCUCGGAGGCCGGAUGUGCCCCCAUCUGGCACUGUGGUCCACAGGAACUGUCCGAGCCCAAUUGGUCCAGAGGCUCCACCCCCGAGGUUCGAGCGAGAGCGCCUGUCUCCUCUCCAGCCGAGAGAGACGGCCGAGGCGAGUCCAGUCCCUCGCUUUGAGAGUCCAAACAGUGAACACUCAGACGAUGGGCCCCUGGACGCCUCCCUUGCUCACCCUACUCCCAAAUCCAUCCUGAAGGCCCCGGGCCGAGCAGGGCCACUGUUAUCAGGCCUACAGCACAGUGACUCACCAGGCCACACCCCCCCUCACGAAGGAGGACACGCUACGUCCAGGUACGAUGGUCCCGCACACAUGGGCCCCUCAAGACCCCAAUCCCAGGGCUGGUAUGAGGGUGGGGGCCCCGAGCACUACGAAGACACGUCCAGGUUUGAGGGACCUCCUCACCCCGGCCCCGGCAGGUUCGAGGGGGUCGGGCCCCCACAUCGGUUUGAUGGCCCUCCCUUGCCACAUGGUCCAAUCAGAGGAGGCGACAUGGGCCGGUUUGAUGGUCCGCCUCACCCUCAGGGUCCUGGGAGGUUUGACGGGCCUCCUGUGAGGUUUGAGGGACAGGGGCCUGGACUGGCUCACUUUGAGGCCCCCAUGCAGCGCUUCAACAACAUGGCUCCAGGUCCGGUUCCAGGGCCAAUGGGCUUCCAGCAGCAGCGGCCCCCCCGCUUUGACGGACCCCCGAACCAGAUGGGCCCCAUUAGGUUUGAGGGCCCUGGAUCAAUGCACUUUGAUCAGCCAGGACCCCGCUUUGACCUCCCUCAGCAGGGUGGACCCCCCCUCUAUGACUGCCCCCCCAGAUUCACCCCCCAGCAGAACCUGCAGCCCCCGAUGAGGCAGAUGGCCCCGCCCAUUUAUGAAGGCCCCAUGGCCCCCCAGCAGAACUUCAACAUGGCCCCACAGAGGUUCCCUGAGCCCAUGAAUCCCCAGUUCCCCGGGGGGCCCAUGACGUUCCCUGCGCAGCCUAACAUGCAGCCUGCAGCCAACUUCAACAUGCAGCCGGUCCCACCCUUCAGCCAGCCAGGCCCCGCACCCUUCUACAACCCUGCUGCCCCCGCUGUCGGCAUGCAGCAGCCGGUGAACAUGAUGAACCUGAACCAGCCCUUCCUGCCUCAGAACACAGUGCCUUUCACACAGCCAGCUCCUGUCGUCCCUCCAGAGAAUCACUUCGGUCAGGUGGACGUCAACGACCUGCUGUCCAAACUCAUCUCCAACGGCAUCAUCAAACCAUCACAGCCUGAAGCCACGCCCACUGCCAGCACCGGAUCUGCAGGUCCUCCUGGUCCUGCUGCUCCUGCUGCGGUGGAGGAGGAGGAAGAGGACGAGCAGGAUGAGGAGGAGGGAGACGUCCCCGACCUCACCACCUUCAAGAUAGAUGACAUGAAACCCCGUUACGAGAGCGUGGUGACUCGCCUGUACUCGGGGAAUCAGUGCUGUCUGUGCAGCAUGAGGUUCACCGCCGCGCAGACCGACAUGUACGCCGACCACCUCGACUGGCACUUCAGACAGAACCACGCUGGCAAGGUCGCCGGCAAGAAGAUCACACACCGCCGCUGGUACUACACACUCAGGGACUGGAUCGAGUUUGAGGAGAUCGCUGACCUGGAGGAGCGGGCGAAGAGUCACUUCUUUGAGAAGGUGAACGAGGAGGAGGUUCAGAAGACUCAGGCAGCCGCCAAGGAGAAGGAGUUUCAGUGCGUGAAAGCCGCAAAGGACCAAGUGGGCGAGCUGUGUGAGAUCUGUCAGGAGCCCUUUGAGACCUACUGGGUGGAAGAGGAGGAGGACUGGUUCCUGAAGAACGCCCUCCGGGUCGACGACAAGAACUUCCAUCCAUCGUGUUUCGAGGAUUAUCAAAAUUCAUCAUAUGUCGACGUCACACCGUCGCCGACCAAGCUGCUCACGGAGCACCCGCUGACCACCUUCAUUAAGAAAGAGGAGGAAGAAGAGGAGGACACGUCAUGUGCUUUGGCCGCCGCUGCUGCUGCUGAGGCCGCUGUAGCCGCCGCCGCCUCACAGGAAGUGAAGAGUGAGGGCGGCGAGCUUCCUGAAAUAAAACAAGAGGAGGAGCUUUUAACUGAAGUGCAAUCGGAGGAGACGGCGGAGUGAUGACCCGACCACCGCCGCCUCGCGUCACUUUUUCUUUGUUUUUGGAGAGAAAACGUGUUUUUAUCGCGCCGAGUCCUCGGAAACCUAAACGUCAAUACAUUUUAGUAUUUGGAUCCACGCGACCUUUUGUGGUCUCUGUUUCUGUGAAUCAACUGAACAUGUUUGUUAAGAAGAGUUUGGAUGACAGAUGUAAAUGAUUUAAUUUAUACAUUAAAGUAUUUUUGGUAUGUGUGCUGUUCCGAUGAUUGUCUGCAGUCGAGCCUCGUUGAUUUAUUCCACCUCGUAGCUCCAGGUGAUGUUUGUGGCUGCGCUCAAAGGUAAGCAUCAGCUGAUUGGACGGCUGGAGACUCUGCAGGAGGCGAAUCGUCGGAGCAUCUGCAGAUUUAUUUCUUUGGUUGCUUUUCAAUAAAAGAGUCUGAAACGUGUUUGUUGGUGUGAACACUGAUUAUUGGUCCUCUCUUCACUUUGUUGUUUAGGUUUCAAUAAAGUUUGGUUCAGUUUGA